GAAAGUGAAACCACAACACAAACAAAAACACUUUGGGUAGUUUGCUUUCAUUUCACCUUUUCUCUUCCGAGCAAGAAGAGCCCCACAUUUUCUCUCACUCACUUUCUAUGCUUUGGGAAUGAUGCAAUUGUCCCUUUGCAGAAGAAACUAACCCCAUAAUCAUGUAGAAUUCGCAUUCGUUUUCCCCUUUUUCUCUUUGACGAGGUGGCCACGUGGUAGUAGGGAACCCUCUCAUUCUGAAGCUUCUUCGGCCAUGGGAGAAGAAGACAACUACGCCAGGGAAUUGGAGGUGGCCGUUAGGGUUGUUCACGUGGCGUGUGCUCUCUGUGGGAGGGUGCAAGAGAGGCUCCUUGCGACCAGCAAUGAUCACGUUGUGUCUAAGGAUGAUGAUUCUCCUGUUACCGUUGCAGACUUGAGUGUUCAAGCAACUGUUAGUUGGCUGCUAUCAGAAAUUUUUGGGGUUCAAAAUGUGUCAAUUGUUGCUGAAGAAGAUACAGAAACUUUCUCCAAGGAUGAUUCAGCAGGCUUACUGGAAGCUGUCGUGAAUACUGUCAAUGAGUCUUUAGCCUUUGCAUCCAAGUAUGGUCUUCAAAGUCCAGAGAGGACACUUGGAACAUCGGAAGUCCUUGAGGCCAUUGGCCGCUGCAACUCAACAGGAGGCCCCGGUGGAAGACAUUGGGUACUUGACCCUGUUGAUGGCACAUUAGGAUUUGUACGUGGGGAUCAGUAUGCUGUUGCUCUAGCUCUUAUUGAGGAUGGAAAAGUUGUUCUCGGAGUUCUUGGGUGCCCCAAUUACCCUGUGAAGACAGAAUGGCUAAACUAUCAUUACCAGUAUCAUCAAACAACAUCACAAUCAUCUCCAACAACUCCUGAUGCAUGGGGAAAAGGAUGUGUUUUGUAUGCAAGGAGAGGCAGUGGUGAGGCAUGGUUGCAGUCAUUAAUUCCUGGUGAUAAGAUGCUAGAAUGGCCAAAUUUUGCUAGACCUAUUCAGGUUUCCUCCACAGAUGAUCCUGCAUUGGCAACUCUAUGUGAACCAGUGGAACGGGCAAACUCGAACCAUUCCUUCACAGCUGGUCUUGCUCACACGGUGGGACUUAGAAAACAGCCUUUACGCGUCCACAGCAUGGUAAAAUAUGCAGCUAUAGCCCGGGGAGACGCUGAGAUAUUCAUGAAAUUUGCAAAAUGUGGUUACAAGGAGAAGAUAUGGGAUCAUGCUGCCGGUGUUGUGAUUGUUGAAGAGGCUGGUGGUGUGGUAACUGAUGCCGGAGGUCGCCCUCUGGACUUUUCGAAGGGAAUGUACUUAGAGGGUCUUGACAGGGGCAUAAUUGCAUGCUCUGGUGUCACGUUGCAUGAAAAAUUGAUCAGUGCUGUUUAUGCUAGCUGGGACUCCUCAAAUUUAUGAGGAUUUCUUUCUCCUGCAAAUACAUCAGUGAGGCCAAAAUUUUGGUAGUGGCUGAUAGUGUCCUUUUUUAAUCCUCCUAUUUUUUUUUUCGUUCUACGAAGUUAUUGUAUGCACUUUAGCAGCCAACUUUUCAGUAUCCUAAUAGCAAAUUACACUAAA